AUGACCGACGCGGAGAUUGUGGGCAGCAGUAUUGUUUCUGGCACAACUCCAGCAGCUACCAAUGCAGACGUCCCAGCGGCGAAGAGGCGGAAGCUGACGCCGUCGGAGAAGGUUGCAAAAGCUCAGGAGAAAGAGGCCAAGGACAGACAAAAAGCUGAGGAGAAGGCCCGCAAAGAGGAGGAGAAGCGGGUGAAGGACGAGGAGAAAAGACGGAAGGCUGAGGAGAGGGAGGGCAAGAAGCGCGAGAAGGACCUGGCAGAGCAGGCGAGAGAAGAAGCCAAGAAGAAGAAAGAACGUAGCCAGAUGAGAUUGGUCGCUUUCUUUGGCGCUGCUUCCGCCACUCCGGCUAAGGCACUGAAUGGUCACGAUACCGAGAACGGCACUCCUGGUAGGCACAGAUCGCUGUCUCUUGAACGGUACGAUGAGGUGGCCGACCACAUAAAUAAGACUGCUUCGCCCUCCAAACAUGUCACCGCAACAACAGAUGCCGCACCGACCCCAGCCAAGCCGACUAUGUCUGAUUACCGCAAGCACUUCCUACCGUUUGAGCUUCCUUCGAGCACCAUUAUGGCUCACCCUUACAACGUGCCCAAUCCGGAUGACUUGGCUUACUGGCAAGGCGACUUUGAUCGCGAACUCCAGGACCCUGCGUUUCAAGAGAAGGUCGAUCUUGGCAUGGUCGAGCCAACAGCAGCAGUGGACCAUAUGUUCCGCAUUGAUCGAGCGUCUACACGUGGCGUAGCGACUCCGAACGUGCGAACGCUUGUUGACAUGAUCCAAGGGACCGUGCAGCGGCCGAACGAUCUUACGGAGGACGGUCCCAUGCUGCAGCCUCUGGAUGCACUGAACACUGUAUCCCUCCGACACAUACAGUUCAGUGAAGAUGUUCGGCCGGCGUACUUUGGCUCGUAUUGCAAGAUUAGGUCUCCAAGAACGACACGACGGCUGAUGCUCAACCCGUUCAGCAAGUCUCGGACGGAUACGGAUUACGGUUAUGACUCCGAAGCGGAAUGGGACGAGGCUGACGAAGGCGAGGGAGGUGACGACUGCGGUGAUGAUGAAGACGAUGAUGAGUCCGUCGGCAGCGCGGACGGCAUCGAUGCAUUCCUUGAUGACGACGAGGACGCGCUGAAGGGCAAGCGUAAGAUGAUCACGGGCGAUCUUCAGCCGACAUGUACGGGCAUCUGUUGGGAGAAUAGCAGCAACAUCGUCAGUCGAAGCAUCAACGGCGAAGCAAUGCUAGGCACGCCGCCGGAGAUGCGAGGGAUGAUAUUGACCGUGUUGCUGCCCAGCCUCAGCGGCCAGAUGAUCGAUCCGUGGUCAACGGCAUACUGGGCGCAUGAAAUGGCGCCGCCGGAUGUGCCAAUUGCUGAUUCAACGCCUUCGUGCAACGGGCAGCGCAAGCCAUUACAGGAGCGUUCAAGUAAUAGUCCGCUUGCUUCGCAGACUCUUGUGGGUACGGCCGAAGGCGAGAAGGCACCCACUGCCACUUCCGCUGCUCCAAAGGCAGCUAAACCAGGGCGGAAGCCACAGGCCAGGGUCGUAAGUGCAGAGGAUUGGGCCGAGUUCAAAGAAGCCGUGGUGGGAAGUGUGGUGGGAAAGGUAGAACUGGCUAAGGGAUUGAAGGCGAGGUAA